AUGUAUUCAAAAGUUAAAGCAGUUGCACCUGCUUUUCCAUCUAUUGACGUAGGAGGAACAUCUACUACAUCAAUAAAAGAUGAAUUAUCGAAAACAACUGCUGCUUCUACAACUACACCAAUUGAAGAAAAAGUAACAACAAAACGUCCUAGACGUCGACGAAAGAAAACAACAAUAGCAACUAAUCUAACAAGUUCAACAGCAACAUCGACAAACAAUAAUGAUGAAUCUAAUAAUAGAGAAGAUGCUUCAAAAACUAUUCGAAAACGAAUUAUUCGUGCACCAGCACAAUAG